UUGUUCUCAGGAACAGUGGGCAUUAAAAUGUCGUUCACAGUGGAAGAGACUAAAAUCAAACUUCAGUCUACAGGGGAUGACCUUGUUUUUUUCGUUAAUGGAAAAAAGAUCACUGAAAAGAAUGCUGAGCCUGAGAUAACACUCUUGACAUAUCUUAGGAGAAGCUUGGGUCUGACGGGAACCAAACUGGGAUGUGCUGAAGGAGGUUGUGGAGCCUGCACUGUAAUGGUGUCCAAAUAUCAUCCACAUCAAAACCGGAUUAUUCACCAUGCGGUUAAUGCCUGUCUGGCUCCUCUAUGCUCUUUGCAUCACUGUGCAGUAACAACUGUGGAUGGCAUCGGCAGUGUGGCGAGCAAACUCCAUCCUGUACAGGAGCGAAUUGCAAAGGCUCAUGGGUCACAGUGUGGGUUCUGCACUCCAGGAAUUGUGAUGUCUAUGUACGCUCUUUUGAGAAACAAUCCUCGACCCAGUAUGCAUGAAAUCCAGGAGGCCUUUCAAGGCAAUUUAUGUCGCUGUACUGGCUACAGACCUAUUCUAGAAGGCUACAGAACAUUCACAAAGUUUCAGGAUGUGGGAUGUUGUGGUGGAAAAGGACAAACUAAUGGCUGCUGCAUGACAAAUGGACACAUACAAGAGCAUGACAAUUCAACGCUUCCAGCUCAGAAAUUGUAUGACCAAUCAGAGUUUAUGCCACUGGACCCAACACAAGAGAUUAUUUUCCCACCUGAGCUCAUGAGCCUAAGUAAACAGCCCCAGAGAGAGCUGAGAUUUGUUGGGGAACGAGUGCUUUGGAUUCAACCCUACUCCCUCAAAGAACUCUUGGAGCUAAAGGCGACCUAUCCAAAUGCUAAACUAGUGGUUGGGAACACAGAAGUUGGUAUUGAGAUGAAGUUCAAAAACCUUCUUUACCCUGUGAUUCUGGCACCAGCUUACAUCCCUGAACUAAACAUCAUCCAGCACACUCAGGAUGGCAUUCAGGUUGGUGCAUCAGUGACGUUGACUCUGCUGGGAGAUGUGUUGCGUGCAGCAGUGAAGAAGCUGCCUGCUCAUCAGACAGAGGUCUUUGAAGCUGUUCUUGAGCAGCUGCGUUGGUUUGCAGGACAGCAGAUCCGAAAUGUUGCCGCUGUUGGUGGCAAUAUUAUGACAGCAAGUCCCAUUUCAGACCUAAACCCUGUGUUUAUGGCAGCUGGCUGCAAGCUGACGGUGAUGUCCAAAGGGGAGAAACGUGUUCUCGAAAUGGAUGACAAGUUCUUCCCUGGUUAUAGGAAGACCAUUUUGAAGUCAGAGGAGAUUCUGUUGUCCAUUGAUAUUCCAUACACAAGAAAGGGCCAGUACUUCUCAGCUUUCAAACAGUCCCCUCGCAAAGAGGACGACAUCGCCAUUGUCACAUGUGGGAUGAAUGUAUUGUUCAAGGAGAAAUCCAAUAUAGUGCAGAGUAUCCGGAUAAGCUAUGGAGGAAUGGCCCCUGUCACUGUCCUUGCCACGGCCACAUGCAACAGGUUACUCAACAGACAAUGGAACGAGGAGCUUCUCGAGCAAGCCUGCACGUCAUUGGCUGAGGAGAUGAGUCUGUCUCCUUCAGCUCCUGGUGGGAUGGUGACAUAUAGACGCACACUGACUAUCAGCCUCUUCUACAAGUUCUUCCUCACUGUCCAGCACAAACUGGCUCUGGACCUGCGGAUGGAGGGUGUGACUGUGGAAGACGUCCGAGCCGAAUAUGCUACUGCUACUGAGCUCUUCCAGUUGGACUCACCAUCCAGUGUACAGCUCUACCAGGCAGUUCCCCCCGGACAUAAUAAUGAUGAUGUUGUGGGUCACCCUAUCAUGCACCUCUCUGCACUUAAGCAUGCCACAGGAGAGGCGAUCUACUGUGACGACAUCCCCUAUUAUGAAAAUGAGCUCCAUUUGGCUUUGGUCACCAGCAUUAAAGCUCACGCACUCAUAAAAUCCAUUGACACCUCUGAUGCAUUGGCAGUUCCUGGAGUGGUUGCAUUUAUCUCUGCUAAAGACAUCCCAGGAAGUAACUUGACAGGACCUGUCGUUUAUGACGAGACAGUUUUUGCAGAUGAUAAGGUCACAUGUGUUGGACAUAUAGUGGGGGCCAUUGUGGCAGACACACAGGCCCAUGCUCAGAGAGCAGCCAAAGAUGUGAAGAUCAGCUAUGAGGAACUGCAGCCUGUGAUUGUCACCAUUCAGGAUGCUAUUGCCAACAAGUCCUUCUAUCAGCCGGUGAGAAGUAUAGAGAGAGGAGAUGUUGCACAAGGAUUCAAAGACUCUGAUCACAUCCUGCAUGGUAUAAGUUAUCUAAUAAACUGUCCUAAUGCAAAUAAUGUGAUGUGUUUGCCUCAGGCCCUAGUGGCUAAAGCUCUGGGGGUGCCUGCUAACCGGGUGGUAUGUCGUGUGAAGAGGAUGGGAGGAGGAUUUGGAGGGAAAGAAAGUCGGAGCACCAUUCUGUCCACAGUGGUCGCUGUUGCUGCACAUACGGUCAAGCAGCCAGUUCGCUGUAUGUUAGAUCGCGAUGAGGACAUGCUGGUCACAGGUGGUCGGCAUCCAUUCUUUGGACAUUACAAGGUUGGGUACAUGAACAAUGGAAGAGUGAUGGCACUUGAUGUGAUGCUCUACAGCAACGCAGGCAAUUCACUGGACCUGUCAUUGUCAAUCCUGGAGAGGGCACUAUUCCACAUGGAUAACUCCUACAAUAUUCCUAACAUUCAUGGCACAGGCUACAUGUGUAAAACCAACCUGCCGUCUAACUCAGCGUUCAGAGGCUUUGGUGGGCCGCAGGGCAUGAUGAUCGCAGAGAGCUGGAUGAGUGAUGUGGCUUUGAGCUGUGGUCUGCCUGCUGAAGAGGUGAGGAGGAUGAACAUGUACAAGGAGGGGGAUUUCACACCCUUCAAUCAACGUCUGGACCAGUUCACCAUUGAUCGCUGCUGGGAGGAGUGCAUGCAGCUCUCAGACUUCAACAAGUGCAAGGAGGCACUGGAACAAUAUAAUAGGCAGCACCGUUGGACCAAGAGAGGGUUGUCCAUCAUUCCCACCAAGUUUGGCAUCAGCUUCACUGCUGUCUUCCUUAACCAGGCAGGAGCAUUGGUACAUGUGUACUCUGAUGGUUCGGUUUUACUAACUCAUGGUGGAACAGAGAUGAGGCAAGGCCUGCACACUAAAAUGGUCCAGGUGGCCAGUAAAACUCUUGGAAUCCCCUGCUCAAAGAUUCACAUCACAGAGACCAGCACUAACACAGUUCCCAACACCAGCCCUACAGCUGCCUCCGCCUCCUCCGACCUUAACGGCAUGGCCAUCUACAAUGCUUGUCAGACAUUACUACAGAGACUUCAGCCUUACAAAGACAAAAACCUCAAAGGCUGCUGGGAGGAUUGGGUGAAAGCAGCCUAUUUUCACCGAGUCAAUCUGUCUGCCAAUGGAUUUUACAAGACUCCAGAUCUUGGCUAUGAUUUUGACACAAAUUCAGGAAGGCCAUUUAACUACUUCAGUUAUGGCGUGGCCGUCUCAGAGGUGGAGAUAGAUUGUCUAACUGGCAGUCAUAAGAAUCUUCAUACGUCCAUAGUUAUGGAUGUGGGCAAGAGUUUAAAUCCAGCAUUGGACAUUGGACAGGUGGAGGGCGGGUUCAUGCAAGGUUUAGGUCUGUUCACGCUGGAGGAGCUACGCUACUCUCCUGAUGGUUACCUAUACACUCGCGGACCUGGCAUGUAUAAGAUUCCCUCUUUUGGGGAUAUUCCCAUUGAAUUAAAGGUCUCGCUGCUCAGAGACACUCCUAAUGAGAAGGCCAUCUUCUCCUCAAAGGCUGUGGGCGAGCCUCCUCUCUUUCUGGCGGCCUCAGUGUUUUAUGCCAUUAAAGAUGCCAUCAUUGCUGCCAGGGCUGAGUCCGGCCUGACAGGACCCUUCAGACUGGACAGCCCCGCCACACCUGAACGGAUACGAAAUGGCUGUGAAGACAAGUUUACUAAACUGUGUCCUCCUGCAGAUCCAGGCACCUUUACCCCAUGGGAAGUGCAGGUGUAAGACAAAGCAAAAGAAAAAAAAAAAAAAAAAGUU